AUGUGUUCUAAACUUGACAAGCUAGAGAAGAAUGAUGAAAAAUUAAUACAAAUGUCCUCAAAUUUGAACCAGACAAUUAUCAAGGUAGACAAAAUUGGUCAUGAUAUUGGCAGACAAAAACUGUAUAUGAAACAAUUAGCAUACCAUACAAUAGAUCAGAGUGCGCGUUCGAGGCGAAAUAACCUGAUUUUCUACGGAUUAGCGGAUUUACCAAACGAGAAUAUAUAUACCGUUAUGGUGGAUUUCAUGUCAGACCAAUUAGACAUUAAUUUAACGGAAAUUUGUGUGCAGAGAAUUCAUCGUCUUGGUUCAAUUAGUAGAGCACGUGCACGUACACAGACACCUAGACGACCAGUCAUCAUUGCUUUCCGCGAUUAUCGAGACACUGAGUAUAUCAUGGAAAAUGUCCAAAAUUUAUACGGCACGAGAUUCGGAAUUGACCGAGACUAUCCGAAAGAAAUUGCAGUUGCACGCAAAAAACUAUAUGACUUUCAGCGCAUGAAUUUCUCAAAAAAAGACAAGUGUAAAAUACAGUACCCGGCUAAAUAA